CUAAAUUUGAGCGCCUCAUCAAUUUCCUCACUCCACUCUUUCUCCCCUUCUCCACUCUCUUACUAAAGCCGAUUUCCCCAGCAUGCUCCGCACGUUCCUCGCCCGCAGCUUCCAACCCCAGCGUCUGCACAGAUCAAUUGUUCCCUCAGCCUCAUCAGGAAUCCGAUUCAUCUCCACGACCCAGCAGUCCGCUGCUCAUCCAGAGGGAAAGGAAUGCUUCAUCGAGCGUUUGACUGGCGACGACACCGGUAUCGCUGUUGUCAAUUUUAACCGCCCCAAGGCUUUCAAUGCCUUGUCGCGCAAGUUCGUGCGCGAGUUCCGUGAUGCCCUCCAUGAGCUCCGCUAUGAUCAGGAUGCUAGAGUGGUCGUUAUUAGGAGUUUGGUUGAGGGUGCGUUCUGCGCCGGCGCUGAUCUGAGGGAACGCUCGACUAUGAACUUGACGGAGGUCAAGCAGUUCUUGGCUGGCCUCAGAGAUAGCUUCAGGGAGCUCGAGACACUGCCCAUCCCCACGAUUGCCGUCAUUGAUGGAGCUGCUCUCGGAGGUGGUUUGGAGAUGGCCCUCUGCUGCGAUUUGCGUGUUGGAGGAGGUAACAAGAAGGUCAAGAUUGGACUCGUCGAGACCAAGUUGGCCAUUAUUCCCGGCGCUGGCGGUACGCAGCGCUUGCCUCGCUUGAUUGGAAUCCCCAAAGCAAAGGAGUUGAUUUACUCGUCAAAGAUCCUCAAUUCUGCUGCUGCCAAGGAGAUGGGCAUUUUGAACCACGCUGUCGAGGAGGAUUCGGCAUAUAACAAGGCUCUUGAGGUUGCACGCGAGAUGUUGCCUAUGGGACCUCUCGCCAUCCGCAUGGCUAAGAGCGCCAUCGACAAGGGUACCCAGUUUGAGAUUGAUUCUGGAUUGGAAUACGAGCAGGCUUGCUACGCCCAAAUCAUGCCUUCUGAGGACCGUCUGGAAGGUCUCGCUGCAUUCCGCGAAAAGAGAAAGCCCGUUUACAAGGGCAAGUAAAUAUUUCUACCUCAAGCAUCUCCUCACACCAGCAUAGGCAGAAAUAUGCAUACACAAAUAUAGCUGUUUUUUAUAUUUGUUUAUA